CCCCGUACUUAAAAUAUCAUCUGCAUCGCUCACCGUACUUAAAAUUUUAAUCUAAAAUUAAUUAAACCCCGUCUAUCAAAUCACACUUUCCAAUCAAAACCAUCUCUCUAUCUCUCAUCCAUUCUCCACCGUCAGAUCUCCAACUUCUAACACCGAAUAUAGUAGAACCUUCCAUUUACUUUUCACUCAUCACGAUAACUCCACUAAGCGCUCAUUUUCCCAUUCACCAUGGUGUUACCGGCGAAAAGCCGUUGAAACGGAUGAAGAAGACAUUAAACGCCGAUUUCCAAAACUUUCCACCGUCGGAAGGCAACUUCUCCGGCGCAUCCUUCCGGACGAAUGUACGUUCCUUCCUGACGAACCACGCGCAACUCCCCCCACCAUCGGCAUUGUUUCCUCACUUGCUGACGUGGCAGAUCAUGUUCCGGAUCGGUGGGGACUUGACUGCGACGGAGGAUGGAUCGGAUCCGGUGGUUUGUCUUGAUGUUGUUGAAGAGGAUGUUGCUAGAUCCAGAUCUGUGUUCUGCGAUCAGUGCCGAGUUGUUGGUUGGAGUGGACACCCGGUGUGCGGGAAACGGUACCAUUUUAUCAUAAAGGCUGAUGGGAGCUCUAUUGGUGGGUAUCACAAGCCAUGCAUGUGCUGUGGAGAUAUCUUGCAUUUGUCAGAAUCCAAGUGCAAGUCUUGCAACCAUGUGACAAGCACAGAUGAUGUUGAAGAUUGGGUGUACCAACAAUUGGAGAGCACUACUCAUCUUUUACACGGUGUGGUUCAUGCCAAUGGUUAUGGGCACCUUCUUCGUGUUAAUGGCAGAGAAGGAGGCUCUAGAUUUCUUUCUGGCUCCCAUAUCAUGGACUUCUGGGAUCGGCUCUGCAAGACACUUGGAGUCAGAAAAGUUAGUGUGAUGGAUGUUUCAAAGAAAUAUGGACUCGAGUACCGUCUGAUCCAUUCCAUCACAAGGGGACAUCCCUGGUAUGGCGAAUGGGGCUAUCAAUUUGGCUCUGGUAGCUAUGGUCUCACACAGGAAGCAUAUAGGACUGCUGUUGAAAGCGUUUCCGACUUGCCUUUGUCGAUAUUCCUCUCUCAGGGCCAGAAGCCCCACUCUUGUAUGCAGGGAAUCAUCUCACACUAUCAGUCUUUGUCGGAACAUCAGCUUGUAAAUAUAAGAGACCUCUUCUGCCUUUUGAUGGGUUUUAUUCGUGAUUCUAUCAAGACUUCAUUAACGGUUGAGAGCAUCACUGGCAAGAAACGCUGCUUUAAUGCCACAGGAGUUUCAUGUUCCUGGGGGGAGAGUGACACGGUACGUGUUGAGGAAGCUAUUCUCAGAGUGCUGCGUGCUGUGUCUCGGUCCAAUUGGGUGAGCUGGCGUGCUCUUAGGGGUUCUGUCUAUAAGGUGGCCUCUGCUGAACUGCUUGAUUACUGCCUUGGAGAACUGGGUGGAAAAGUGGUCUUGGGUUCAAUGGUUGUAAAUACCCGGUGCAAUCCCGAGACUGGAGCUUUUGAGUGCAGACUUGAGGCUGCAAACACUUCUUGUGACGGAAAGACAUCAAACAAUUAUUCUUCAGGCUCAAAGUGUCCAUCUAAAGAAAACCUUCUAUAUGACUUGAGAUAUUUGUAUGGAUAUUUGCUUAACUCUCAGAUGAUGCAGAGCUAUUUUCCCAAGGAAACAAGGGCUCCUGUAAUGAGCUCAGUCCAGAAACUUCUUAACUGUAAGCAGUUAGUAAAAGAUUAUAGCCCUGAUAUGUUGCCAACGGCCAAUUUGUAUAAAAUACGCCUCUCAUGUCAAGUGGAACUCGCGGACGAAUCUGAAAACCCCACAAUUCCACCAGAACUUGUUAUCCUACCCAUAAAUGCAACAGUAUCUGACCUUAAAAUCGAAGCAGCAAAUGUUUUUCAAGAUGUAUAUCUCAUGUUCAGAAGAUCUGUAGUCGAUGAGCUAGUUGGCUAUUGCAGUCUAGAUGAUUCCACUCAGGUCAAGCUCUUGCUAGGAUCAACAGAAACGGUUUGUGUCCGGGGAAGAUGCAUUGGGAAGAAUGGAUUGAGCAAGUACCGAAUGGAACGUGGAAUUGAGAGGUGGACUGUAGAAUGCAGCUGUGGUGCCAAGGAUGAUGAUGGGGAGAGAAUGUUGGCUUGUGAUAAAUGUGGAGUGUGGCGGCAUACUAUAUGUUCCGACAUUCAUGAUACACAACCUGUUCCUACCCAUUUCAUUUGUCUAAAAUGCCAAAACUCUGACUUGAAACCUAAAUCAAUUGUGAAUUGCAAAGAUGAAACUCUGAUUAACAUUACUGGUAGUAGUAGCAGUUGCUUUGGAAAGGGAUUGCCAGUUCCAUCUGAUGUUCAUUGAGACUUCACUAGAUAAUGUAAAUAAAAUAUUUUGUUUUGUUUGGGCCAGUAUGAAGUUUGUAUAUAGCAGAAAAGCCUAAUAGGUGCCAUUAAGUGUAGUGUAUGCCAUUAUUCACAUUUCAGGUUCUACCUUUGUAUAUAUUAUGCACAUAUCUUUCAAUAUUUUUACAUUAGCCUUUCAUUCAAUGACUUA